GCCUCCCGGACGGCUGGGAGGCGGCGCGGCGGGGAGGCCGGGAGGAGCCCAGGGGGCGCCUCGCAGGUGGGGACCUCCCGCCCCCCGCGCGUGUGCCGCCGCCUGGGAAUGAGGAGGAGAGAUUGUGCACCUGACUGGAAGCUGGGUUGACCUUGGUCCUGGUUAUGGAAGGACAGAAUGAAGUGGACUUUUCCAACAAUGACAUCACACCCUUGUGGAGGAGGAGGUCAGCUCACCAAGUUCAUUUGCAUGCAAAAGCCAAACCAAGACCUCUGUCUUAUCAAAGUUCCACUGGGGUCCUCUUCACAGAUUUCCCUGUAGAGGACAGGGAUACAUUCACUUUAGUUCAGCCUGCUGAAACAAUAAUGACUUCUGCUGACAACCAGUGCUUUCAAAGGAGCCCUUUGCUUUUCAGCUGUGGCCUUGGCUCUGUCCCAAAUGGGAAGGUUAAAUUUCCAGAGCAAAAACCUGUCUCCUCCAGGCUUUCUGACCACCGGUCACCUCACAUUCUGAGGAUGGUUUCAAAUAAUUCUAUAAACUGUACAGCUAGUGGGUCUAUAAAUUCAGCAGGCAGUAAACUGACUCACCCAGGAAGGAUUUCCAAUCGAGCAGCACUUAGUCCGGAGAAGGAACAAAUUGUUUUCACAUCAAGCCUUGGAUUGUCGCCUACGGAAAUCGUACAUUCGCCAAAUAACAACGCAGUCAGCGCCUUAGCAUUACAACCCAGCCAGCUUCCUAAAAACUCAGAGAAAGCAUCUGUUUGCCUGUCUGCUACGAUAGAGCAGCAGCAGCAGCCUCUCCAAAGACUGCCAUCCCACCAGAAUGAGCUCACAGAAACGCUGCCCGUGGUUCUGAGUACAAACAGUCCUGCUGCACUGAAAGUAGGGAAGCAGCAGAUCAUCCCUAAGAGUUUAGCUUCUGAAAUAAAAACCACCCACAAAGCCAACAGCCAAAAUGUGGAACCAAACAGGAGGGUUCUUAAGGUACGCAGUAUGGUGGAAACCCUUGGCGUGCCUUUGGUAGCUGGUGGGGAUGAAGAAACAGAAGGUGAUGUGGACACCCCAGGGAUGCUCAGGCGGACUUUGAGGUCCACUUCAUAUCGACGAGCUGUUGUGAGUGGCAUUGACUUUGACAGCACUGCCAACUUGAAGAUGAAAAACAGAAUGUCUCAGCCAGUACUGAAAGCAGUUGUGGAAGACAAGGAGAAAUUCUCCAGCUUAGGAAGGAUAAAGAAGAAAAUGCCUAAAGGACAAGGGACCUUCGAUGGUGAAGAAAAUGCUGUGUUGUAUCAGAACUACAAAGAAAAAGCACUGGAUAUAGAUUCUGAUGAAGAAGAGGAAUUUAAAGAGCAGAAGUCAGAUGAAAAGAUAGUUAUUCAAUACAAACCUCUGAGAUCAACAUGGAGUCAGUUAUCUGCAGUGAAGAGGAAUGGCUUAUCCCAGACCAUCAGCCAAGAAGAAAGAAAAAGACAAGAGGCUAUAUUUGAAGUGAUAUCUUCAGAACAUUCAUAUUUGCUCAGCCUUGAGAUUCUGAUACGGAUGUUUAAGAACUCUAAAGAACUAGCUUCUACCAUGACCAAGACAGAAAGUCAUCACCUUUUUUCCAAUAUUGCUGAUGUCUGUGAAGCAAGCAAGAAGUUCUUUGGAGAGCUUGAAGCAAGGCAUCAGAAUAACAUCUUCAUAGAUGACAUCAGUGAUAUUGUCGAAAAGCAUACAACAUCAACCUUUGACCCUUAUGUGAAAUAUUGCACAAAUGAAGUCUACCAGCAGCGAACCCUUCAGAAACUAUUAGCUACCAAUCCAACCUUUAAGGAAGUACUAUCACGAAUUGAGUCUCAAGAAGAAUGCAGGAACCUACCUAUGAUUUCUUUUCUCAUCCUCCCAAUGCAAAGAGUUACACGACUUCCACUGUUGAUGGAUACUAUUUGCCAGAAAACACCUAAAGAUUCACCAAAAUAUGAAGUUUGCAAACGAGCUUUAAAAGAAGUAAGCAAGUUGGUUCGUCUCUGUAACGAAGGUGCUCGAAAAAUGGAAAGGACAGAAAUGAUGUACACUAUCAACUCCCAGCUGGAAUUCAAAAUCAAGCCAUUCCCAUUGGUUUCUUCUUCUCGCUGGCUAGUGAAAAGGGGUGAACUGACAACAUAUGUGGAAGACACUGGGCUUUUCUCUAAAAGGACCUCUAAGCAACAAGUGUACCUCUUCCUCUUUAAUGAUGUUCUCAUUAUCACAAAAAGGAAAAGUGAAGAAAGUUACAAUGUCACAGAUUAUUCCUUGAGGGAUCAGCUGUUAGUUGAACAGUGUGACAGCGAAGAGCUGAAUUCUUCUCCUGUAAAAAACAGCACGCCUAUGCUUUACUCUCGGCAGAGUUCUGCAAAUCACCUCUUUAGAUUAACUGUCCUAAGUAACCAUGCUGGAGAGAAGAUUGAACUAUUGUUGGGAACUGAAACUCAGAAUGAGCGUGCUCGUUGGAUUACUGCACUUGGGCAGAACAACGAUAGAGGCACCAUGGACAGGACAGCCCUGACCCAGGUAGAAGUCAUCAGAUCAUACACAGCCAAGCAGUCAGAUGAACUCUCUCUCCAAGCUGCAGAUGUUGUUCUUGUCUAUCAGAAAGUGAAUGAUGGUUGGUAUGAAGGAGAGCGAUUGCGUGAUGGAGAAAAAGGCUGGUUCCCAACGGAAUGUGCCAAGGAGAUCACAUGUCAAGCCACAAUUGAAAAGAACAUGGAGCGGAUGGGACGCUUGCUAGGUCUAGAAACAAAUGUAUAGACUUUCCCUGUGAUAUAUAGACGCUAGGAUUUGCACUAAGAGAGGCCUGUGGCAGCUUGUUCUCCUCUAGGUGGUCACUUAACAGCUGUAACUUCUUAAAGGAUCACAAAUGUGUGCAGUAAUUAGAAGCAAAAGCAGCUAUAAAGCGACUGUGUGCAAAGAGGUGUUUGUCAGAAUCCCUUAAAAAACAAUGAUAACAAUUAAAGGCUGACUUUUAUCACUGUAUAGAGUGCCUAAUAGAAUGUUCACUUGGACUUUCACAGUGACCGAAUCAUAAUUUGUAUGUACCUCCUUUGAGAUCUGUUCUAGGAAGUGCUAAUUUGACCUUCCAUUUUUGUUUAUUAGCCCCAGUUCAUUUGUAUCUAAUUGCCUGAACUCAGCAAGGCACACCAGUGUGCAGAAUCAGACCUCUGUGCAAGCAGCUACUGUGAGAACACACUGUGAAUGAAUGAGCAGAAUGUGCAACUAGAGCUGCAGCUUUAAUUAUUACUAAUCCUGUUGAAAUGUGUGAAGUGUGCAAUCAAAUGCGUAAACAGUUCAUUUUACUAGAACACCCUGUGAUGCACCUGUGGCUCUUACACCUGCCUUGCAGCACUUGAUUGGUGGGCUUCUGCCUCAGUCACCUCUGUUUUAAGCUGUGAUAACAACAAAGCAAGGGAAAAGCAAAGCAGGUACCCAUGAUGAAUGCAGGGGAUGGGGCAAGAGAGUAAGUGAACACUUUAGGGUAUGCGACUGACCUGUAUGCCAAGUUUACACAAAGUUGUGAUCCAGAAACAUACAUCUAGGCUGAGUUCAGACAGCAUAACAAAGCAGGGUUCCUUUUUUUCGCCAUUAUUAAUCUGCUGUGCUGUCUGAACCCAAGAUCUUCAUUUCCACAGUCCUGGGAUGCAGCUACCACAAAGAGCCUCGGGAAGAGUGGCAGCUGCAGGAGGAAGAAGCAGGCUACACAGAUAAGGAGUGGUGCAACAAGCUGAGAAAACCUAGCAUUGCUGAUCAACUCCAUGGAUGCAUUCAUUUGUAUUACAUCUCUCCUGUUUAUCUUUGUUGGUUAUUUCAAA